AUGGCGCAUGCUCUGAAGGGCGCUGUCCGCCGGAGCUUCGCUUCCCCCGCGGAGCACCAUGAGCGCAGCGCAGUGAGCCAGCCGGCUGAGCCUCUGUCGCAGCGGUCGCCGACGCCCACCAUGAACCACCUGGAGGGCUGCGCGGAGGUGGAGGUGACCGACGAGGCCAACGAGUCGGUGGAGGCCGACCUGGAGCACCCCGAGGUGGAGGAGGAGCAGCCGCCGGCGCAGCAGCAGCAGCAGCAUGCGGCCGGGCACCCUCGCGGGCGCGCCUUCCAGGGCGUCCGCGCGCAGCGGCGGCCGCAGGAGGACGAGGAGCGCGUGGCCAUCAAGGACAUCAAGGAGGCCAUCGAGGAGGUGAAGACCAGGACCAUCCGUUCGCCUUACACGCCCGACGAGCCCAAAGAGCCCAUCUGGGUCAUGCGCCAGGACAUCAGCCCCACCAGGGACUGCGAUGACCAGAGGCCGGCGGACGGAGAUUCCCCGUCUCCUGGCAGCUCCUCGCCCCUGGGUGCAGAGUCCUCUGGUACCCCCCACCACCCCAGUGAUCCCGCGGAAGCCUCCACAAAUAAAGAGUCAAGAAAAAGCUUGGCGUCCUUCCCAACCUACGUCGAAGUUCCCGGGCCGUGUGACCCCGAAGACCUGAUCGAUGGGAUCAUCUUUGCUGCCAAUUACCUUGGCUCCACCCAGCUCCUGUCCGACAAAACCCCUUCCAAAAAUGUGCGCAUGAUGCAGGCCCAGGAAGCGGUGAGCAGGAUCAAGAUGGCCCAGAAAUUGGCCAAGAGCAGGAAGAAGGCUCCCGAAGGUGAAUCUCAGCCCAUGACCGAGGUGGACCUCUUCAUUUCUACUCAGAGAAUCAAAGUAUUGAAUGCCGACACACAGGUGGAGGGGUGGGGAGAAUGCAUAGCCUCCUGCCUCUGGCCCAACCGGCUGCCGACUCGGCCUCCUGCUUCUCCCUCCCAGGUUUUCAUCGAGAAGCAGAAGGGAGAAAUCCUCGGGGUGGUGAUUGUGGAGUCCGGCUGGGGGUCCAUCCUGCCCACCGUGAUCAUCGCCAACAUGAUGCACGGGGGCCCCGCGGAGAAGUCGGGGAAGCUGAAUAUCGGGGACCAGAUCAUGUCCAUUAACGGCACCAGCCUGGUGGGGCUGCCGCUGUCCACCUGCCAGAGCAUCAUUAAGGGCUUGAAGAACCAGUCCCGAGUGAAGCUGAGCAUCGUGCGCUGCCCGCCGGUCACCACUGUGCUCAUCCGAAGGCCUGACCUGCGCUACCAGCUGGGCUUCAGCGUCCAGAAUGGAAUCAUCUGCAGCCUCAUGCGCGGAGGAAUCGCCGAGAGGGGGGGCAUCCGCGUGGGACACCGGAUCAUUGAAAUCAACGGGCAGAGUGUCGUUGCUACCCCGCACGAGAAGAUCGUCCACAUUCUUUCCAAUGCCGUCGGGGAGAUCCACAUGAAGACGAUGCCGGCCGCCAUGUACAGGCUGCUGACGGCCCAGGAGCAGCCGGUUUACAUCUGAGCCUGUGCUGCCCGCGCCUGGCCUGCAUGGAGGUCUCUCCUCACUUCUGGUUGUGUGUCUAGUGCUGCAUCUGUGUGUCCACCGAGACAGUCCCCUCCUGCGCUCAGCGGCUGGUUUGCCCAGGAAGAGGAGGAGCCACCAGAACCUCUCUCUCUCUCUCUCUCUCUCUUUCUCUCUCAAAAAUAUCCAGGAAAGUUAUGUGUUCACUCACUUGGGGACGGAGAGCUCCUUGGUCCUGCUAGGAGCCCCCUCUUGGACCCUCUUGGUGGGCGUGUCCCUAAGGAAGCGUGUUGCUGCCUGGCGGGGAACCAUCUCUUGCCUGGAGAUGCAGACCUGGCGAAAGGAGCUCCCAGGGUGGUGACAGAGUGGAUUCAGCAGUGCUGGUCUCUGCUCUUCCCGCUGGCAGGCAUGUAGAGCAGUGUGGUGGUAACGGGAGCCAGCCCACGGCUCUGAGGAUGUGCAGUGCCCACCAUGUAAUGGGCAUGCGUACAUGGUCUCCACCCAGAAUCUCUGAGCCAACCCAAGUCCAUUCGUAGCUAGUCUGAGUUUCAGCCUACUCGGGUUUCUAAUCAUACAGGCCUUUUCCCCCAGAGGACAAGAAAGAGGAGACAGGAGCCUUGCAGGCAGCCUGGCUAUUCACGGCACAUCCAGGACUGGUCCCCAGGUUACCAGCCACUGGAUCAACACGGGCAGGUCCCAUUUGCCUCUAUCGUUUCUCACUCACUCACACUUCUCAUCUCCCCUCCCUCUUCCCUGCCACCAAUAAGAUAAGCUGAAAAUGCCCCCCACCCCAGGGACCUGCCUUCGAUAGCACACAGAGCCCCUGGACCACCCACGUGGCUUCCCCGGGCAGCCCCUUACCCUGGAAGUUAGGGCGGCAGGAAGACUGGCCAGCCUGGUCCUGAGAGAGCCCUUUUUGGCUAAAGCCCUCCCGGCGUCUCCUUGGCUCAGAGUGCCCCUUCUGAGGGAGUGGCCCGGCUCUGCACCCCUACUCAUACACACUGGUAGACUGGGAAGGACAGACCGCCCCCCCUUGAAGACGAGCACCUGGGUCCCCAUUCCAGGACACCCGUGUGUUAACAAUUCCUGGCCCAAAGCUGAACCAACUCCCUCUUCUGCUCAGGGCUUGUAGGCAGGCUGUGACACUGGAAAGGCCUGCACAUUGCAUAAACCACAAAACGAAGGGGACAAUAAUGACCUCACGUUAUGCCUAAGGAUCCCCCCACCCCCAAGUGGGCCCUGGAAGCAUCAUCGGUGCCGCCCGUGUGUGGGUCUGAGAGUUGUAACUGGUGUGGAAGGCCCCGUGCCCAUCAGGUGCCUCAUACUUAGGGAUUCCGGCACUGUGCGUGCAGCCCUUUUAGUACUAUUAUUCUGAGCCAGUUUCUCACUUCUCAGUCCAAAGAGCAUUUUUGUUUCCACGUGGGGUGUGCUUCUUCUGUUUGGGUUUCUUUGGGUUUGUUAUUUGUGUUUUUUUACUUGUUUGUUCGUUUUUCUUGUUUUGUUCAUGCCCUCAGUAGAGACAGGGAAGAGAAACUAAUAUAUUUUGUAAUAUUCCUAUGACCCCUGUUCUCUGCACCUCUGUAUGCUGUGUCUCGUGGAACUAGGAACACGGUGAGCAAAGUGGGCGAGGAUGGAUUUCGGGGAGGAAGGCGGCGACCAGGAACUUAGAGGCGGGAACUAGAAAGCCUGGGAUCUUUGCUCUUCCUGAAGUUUCUGCCUGGAAUCAGGAAAGCUGAACAGGCUCAGAGGGACCCGCAGCCAAGCUGUGUCUGUGCUGCUGUUAGUUGUAACAGAGGCGGCCAGCCACCCGGAAGUCCUCUCUGGGGAGGGACUGCCCUUCUCCAGAGAGCUGCGGAGUGGGGCUGGGGGUGCCCGGCUGGGCAGUCAGCCCCCACUAGGCUUAAUGCAAGGAGCAGAGUGUUUGUGGGGCUGGGGCAGAACCGUGUGUGGCCCCAGCUUCUCCAGUGUCCGGUCCUGAAAGAACCAAGCUAUCAGGUGUCUGGUGUUCACUGUGAGCUGCUGCCAGUCACAUGCUCACGUCUCCGCUGCAGACAUUGCGAUAGGCUGUCAUACGGGACACUGCAGGAGUCUGAAGCCUGUCUGCUUCCAGAGAACACACCUGUCUGGGUCCCUGUGGUUGAGAGCAGCAGAUGGGGUGCUUGGAACAGCAGAGGGUACCCUAUGGGCCAGGGAAGAGAGCCUGGCCCACGCUGCCCUGUGCAAUUGCCCAGUAAGGCUGUUCCAACCCUUCACCCAGAGGAGGGAGCAAAAUUCCUCUUGCUUGAAAGUUGGGACGUUGGAGAGGUGCUGAGAAAGGCCAUUGGGAUAGCACCCCUGGAAGGCUGUUGGUGUCUUUUAGCGUAAGAUUCUUUAUCCCCCCACAGCCCCUUUUGAGCCCCUCGCCCAUACUUCUGUGUUGACAAUGUUUGUUCCUCACCAGGUUGUGAGUGUCGCUGGGUUUGAAACAGGCUCUGCCAGCUGGGCUGCCUCUUCCCUGCCCCUGGGGGCACGGGAAUUAGCCUAUGGGAGUGCCCAGUGCCGGGGACCCCAUGCACCUCAAAGAAACCCAUGGGCUUCACCUUUGGGAAGCAGGCCACCCCCUGUUUCUCCCACGGUUCCCCGGGGAGGGGGAUCAGCCCCCAACCGUUCAGUUCAGAGCCCAGCUUAGGAGUAAACCCCAAACCAAGCCCCUUGCCGUGGGUCAAUUCCCACUCUUGGCAACCCUUCAGGACAGAGUAGAGAGGCCCCUAGGGACUGACAUCUCUAUGGAAGCCAACCGACCCAUCUUUCACCCAAGGAAGCCACUGUUGGUUCAAAGGUCAAAGCCGCCCACGCUCCUCACCUGAAUCUUAGUCAUGCCGGUUUGGGCAGUCCCGCAAGAAGUGGGGUUCCACUUCCCUCGUGAUGCCCCAACAUUUAAACGUAUGUAUGUGAACACCCGCAGCCUACCCCACCCCUGCCUGAACCAAACGUCAUGCCCCAGUUCCCGGCAGCCACGGCCAGCCUUGGGGUUGUCGGAGGACCGGACCCCACGUAGCCAGCACCUGGAGCAUCCGCGGCCGCCCAUCCUCCGCUUCUCUUGAGUGACUGCGCCCCUGCACACCCAGUGGCUUGUAGCCUGAUGCCCGUCAACACUGGCCUUCCAAGAGCCCCAGAGUAAUCUACUACCUCCCGCCCACCCCGCCCCCCACAUGCCCCAAACUCACUGUCCACACCCUGAUGGAAACCCGGGGCCCCUCGACCCAGCGGUGUAGCUGUUACCUAGGUUAACGCGCAGGGUCGCCUGGACCUCCUUUCUGUGCGUCCCCUCUCCUCCCCGGUGGGUGCGGGUUGGUUGGAGCACGCGACCAUUCCACCGGCCUCCCCGCCUCCCCGGGCCGUGUGUCAGGACCCAGGAGGCAGAAGCCCCCGCGCAGCACAGCACCCCGAGUCCGGACCUGCACGGGGGUUCUGUAGAGAGGAUGGAGUCGAACUCCGAGUGAAGCGUUGGAAGACGUAUAGUAUUGUAUUUGUAACGAUAUCGUUCUUUGUACACAGAACUCCACGAUCUCUAUCUAAAAAUACAAAUAAAUAUAUAAAUAAGAUCUCUAUCCCCGCGAGCCUGGAACGUGGGCGCCCCACUCCCACCGAAUGUAACUCCUCAGCGGGCUGGCCCCGGGCCCGGCCCUCCCUCCCCCCGUGUCACGUGGCCAGGCCUGUCUGAUUUGGGGGUUGUGAUGUAUUUCGUGUGCUAGCUCCCCUUUAUUUAACGGAACGCUAAUGUCUGUAAGAGUUGCAGCAACAAUAAACAAGAACUUCGCCCCCCUG